AUGUUAUUAAGAAAAUUAGCAUUACUUUAUGAAUUCUGUUAAUAGUCUGCAAGACAAUGUUUUUAAUUUUUACAAUAAGAUCCUAUUGAACAAUCAGGAUAGAUUUCAACUUUAUAUUAAUAAGCAAAUAAAGAUGAAUAAUAAUUGAAGAAAUAAUCAUUAUAAUAAGAUUAUGGAGAUUUAGAAGAUUAAGAUGGAGAUCAUGUAAUAAUUAAAUUUUAUAUAGCAUUUAAUAGAAUAAGAGAAUCCUUUUGAAAAGUUGAAACCUACCUUAAAUUUCUAAAACUCUAUUCCACAAUAAAAUAAUAAUAAUUAAAAGGAGCAAAUAAAAUAUGAUGAAGAAAUGGUUGAAAUUCAUUAAAAUAGUAAUUGGAAUAAUCAUGAAUUAGAUUAAGAGAAUGAACAUAUUGAAUUAUGA